CUUCCAAGAAUGGCCGCUGCUGCAGCAGGAAUAAACAAGCAGAGUGCCGUAGCGACGAUGGAGCCCUGUAUCCGACACGGGAGAGGGGCAAAUGGAAGCACUGUUAAGGUGUUGGAGUGUGGUGUGUGUGAGGAUGUCUUCUCUCUCCAAGGAGACAAGGUCCCACGUCUUCUGCUCUGCGGUCACACAGUGUGCCAUGACUGUCUCACCAGGUUGCCCCUCCAUGGCAGAGCAGUCCGAUGCCCUUUUGACAGACAGGUCACUGAGCUGGGGGACUCUGGAGUUUGGGGUUUGAAGAAGAACUUUGCUCUGCUUGAACUCUUGGAGCGACUCCAAAAUGGAGCUUCGAACCAGUCGGGGAUGGCAGAGGAUGCCUUGAAAGGCAUGGGAGAAUGUAUUAUUCGCUGUGAUGAGGAUGAAAGCCACACAGCCUCCAUGUAUUGCACCGUGUGUGCCACCCACCUGUGUGCCGAGUGUUCGCAGCUCACCCACUCCACUCGUACUCUGGCCAAACACCGCCGGGUGCCUCUGGCUGACAAGCCUCAUGAAAAGACCCUCUGCUCACAGCACCAGGUCCACGCCAUUGAGUUUGUCUGUCUGGAGGAGGCCUGUCAGUCUGGACCCCUCAUGUGCUGUGUGUGUAAGGAGUAUGGCAAGCACCAAGGACAUAAGCAUGCUGUUCUUGAGACUGAAGCUAAUCAGAUUCGUGCGUCCAUUUUGGACAUGGCCCACUGCAUCCGGACCUUUACAGAUGAGGUGUCAGAGUAUUCAAGAAAACUGGUGGGGAUCGUGCAGCAAAUAGAAGGUGGAGAGCAGAUAGUAGAGGAUGGGGUUGGCAUGGCACACACUGAACAUGUUCCAGGCACAGCAGAGAGCGCACGCUCCUGUGUACGAGCCUACUUUGCAGAUCUGCAUGAGACGCUGUGUCGGCAGGAGGAGAUGGCUCUGAGUGUUGUUGACGCUCACGUCAGAGAGAGGCUGAUCUGGCUCCGACAGCAGCAGGAGGACAUGACCAUCCUGCUGUCCCAGGUCUCCACCGCCUGUAUGCACUGUGAGAAAACACUUCAACAGGAUGACUGCAGAGUUGUCCUGGCAAAACAGGAGAUUAACUGUUUGCUGGAGACACUUCAGAAGCAGCAGCACCAGUUCACAGAGUUGGCAGAUCACAUUCAGCUCGAUGCUGGUAUCCCCGUCACGUUCACCAAGGACAAUCGAGUUCACAUUGGUCCAAAGAUGGAGAUUCGUGUAGUUACUCUUGGCCUCGAUGGAGCUGGAAAAACCACCAUCCUUUUCAAGCUGAAGCAAGAUGAGUUCAUGCAGCCCAUCCCUACCAUUGGUUUCAAUGUUGAGACUGUUGAAUACAAGAACCUGAAAUUCACCAUCUGGGACGUGGGUGGAAAACAUAAGCUCAGACCCCUCUGGAAACAUUAUUACCUGAACACACAAGCGGUGGUGUUUGUGAUCGACAGCUGCCACAGGGACAGACUGAUGGAGGCUCACAGUGAACUGGCCAAACUACUGACAGAGAAGGAGCUGAGAGAUGCUCUGCUGCUCAUCUUUGCAAACAAACAGGAUGUUCCCGGAGCCGUGUCUGUGGAGGAGAUGACGGAGCUGCUGAGCCUACACAAGCUGUGCUGUGGGAGGAGCUGGCACAUCCAGGGCUGCGACGCACGCAGUGGGAUGGGUCUGCAUGAGGGCCUGGAUUGGCUCUCCAGACAGCUGGUGGCAGCCGGCGUCCUGGAUGUAGCCUGAACAUGGCAACCGUGUGGGACUACACUGACACUGUCCCCGAACAAACCCAACCUGAGCCCAGCCUCAAAGCUCCAUCAACUCCCACCACCUCUUCCUGUUAACUCUUAAACUGCAGCUUUAAAGCCUGUCACCCACUUCAUGACCCUGCUCAUCUUGCCUUCUUUGUGCACCACUGUGAAGAACAUAGUGGUUGAAGCAAAGAAAACAAAGAUGUAAAUACAUUAUCUAGCCUCUUUGAAUGGUAACACAGAACCAACAAAACUCUAAAGUCUGUCCCAUCAGUCACACCCACCCAACUCCACCGACGAUUGCGCAAAUUCUACAUAUAAGCUCGCUGUUCCACAUUCCCAUCUGCUUGACGUACAUGCUCUAACACAUUACUUAAUUUAGUUUUCUUCUUAGUCUAACCCUUUUUUCAGGAGACAAGCUGUGCAUCUGCCAUCUGUAGCUAGUUGAGUUAGAUUGAGUCAUGUUACAAACGCUCCUUAUGCCCUGACAAAACGGACUGUAUCUAUAUUUCCUAUAACUCAUCAUAACCACCAUAUGUAACAGUAAUCCUGACUAAAAGCAGAGUAGUCUAUUGUAAUAAUUAUAUCAUUUGUGUUCAAUCAGUGGUCUCACCCAACACAUCAGUAAGUACACUAAGGCGCUGUGCAAUUCGGAAUGACACAUCAUUAAAUGCAGUAUAUUUGUAGGUAGUGAGAUUGAUAGUAAAUUUCACUGUGGUCUAAAUGGACCCUGAAGACUUCCAGUGGCUCAGUCUGGUGGUUACACACUGAUUUUUGGUUGUCACUUUGCCUUGACGUCUAACGUAAGCAAUAGGGUUUAUGGUUUUAAUAUGGGGUCUAAAUGUUUUGUGUGAAAGUUUUUUUUGUGUGUGUGUGUACGUGUCAACUUAUUUAAUGCCACAGCUGGUCUUGAAAUGGCACACCAGUAAAGUGUAGGAUUGAAUGUGUUUUCCGUUACAGAUGAAACCGUUUACUGAACUUUAUGUAUGAGCGGGGAAAGUGGAUGUUACUUUGAUACGAGGCUCAGUGGUCAACGCGCCGAUUCUGCCUCCGUUUUGUGGAGUGUGUUGCACGCAGAGUUUGUGGAAUGCACUGCUGCCUCACUAUGAGUUUUCAUUUGGAAGCAAAUGAACUUAUCUGCUGUUUCUUAGUGGACUAUGAGCAUUAACUUCACUGCAAACAAACAUCUUGUGGAAAAAAAAAUUCUCAAGUCCUGUUUUAUGUCCGAGUGCUUACAAGGUACACCUUAAAUCUACAGCCUUCAGUACUGUAAUGUGAAACUUAGUGAAACUUUUAAACAUAACACUGAUACUUGUUGAGAACACCAUCAUUUGCGUUUGAUUUCAUCUUUAUUCAUUGCUAUGUAAUGUUAACUAUGUAUAAAAUAUAAUUAUUAAAAAUGCACGUAUGAAAAGCCUUUCCACAGCUGGUGAAAGAUUUCCAUUUGUUUUUGAAACAUAGAAGCACAAAACACAUCAGUACAUGUCCCCCGUGGAUUAAAAACAGCUUUUGUGAAAUAUUCAUAAUGUGAUGCUGUAAAAUAAACUAAUGCCCUUA